AAUUCUAUAGAACGGUAAUCACCUAUCUUGGGUAUAUUUAUGGCAUUGUAACUGGUAUUAAUGAGACACUGUAAUUAUUGACCAACUGUUUUAGCACAAUUAAAUAUCUUGGUUUUAGAGAAGGAAAUAAAGUCAAUUAAAGCAUUCGAUGGGAUCUUACAAAAGGCCAAGUAUGUGCUUGUAAGUUUCUUUGCCUGUGAAAAGUUUGGAUUAUAUCCAGAAACAAAAUUGGUGCUCUCGCCAUGUUGGCUCUGAACAACAGUUAAAUGUUAUUUUUACGAUGGACCUGGUAGGAAUGGGAAAACUGCAUAGAAAAACAAGGGUUUUUAGUGAACAAGGAUAACGCCUUCUUCACAGAUAUGAGAUUUAGCACUAUCAUAUAAACCAGAUCAGUGAUCCACCCAGGUUUGCAAAAGCCACUGCACAGACACUGCAAUUUCACCACUCUGGGGAACAGGCUGUCUCUAGCUAGUGUUAUAGAACCAUUCACAGUCUGUCCAGGCAGCAGACUAUGCAUUUUGUAUAAAAAUUUCGGUAGACUUCAGCUGGAUAAGAAAAAAGGCCACUCCAAAAAAGGGAAUGUUUUACACAUCCAGAUGCUCAGCCCUUGAAUGCAGGGGUGGGAAUCGCACAAAAUUCAAAAUGCUCAAAAUUUGAUCUUCUUCCAAUUUUAUUGCCCAUUGGAAAUUGGGUCCUAUUUUUGCAUAAUAUUCCCAUUUAAAAUGAGGUUGCUUCUGAGCAAUUUCAUAGAAUUUUGGAAACCUAAAAUUGUAAGGGAAUAAAAUUGCAGAAAUUUUCACCUAAUUCUAGUUGAUGCCUAGUGGUCCAGAAUGCCAAAAUGCUCUGUAUUUGUAGACAUUGCUAGUUCAAUAAAUGGUCCGGUUAUGUUUUUAUUUAAAAAAAAAAACACACAAAAAUCCCCUCCUGCUCCUCCUGCAUCCUUUAACCAAGUGCUGCUUUUGCCAGCUAUUGUUUUGUUAUUGAUGUUACUUCAUGCACAUAAGCCUUUACAUAGAGUGGAUUUUCUAACUACUUAGUUUACAGGGAACUAGGUGGGAAUUACAAAUCAGAACAUUACACAGCUUUGUAUGAUGAGGUUAGAUACUGUGACAUUUUGCUUUCUGAUUUGUGUGUGUCUUGAAUAUCCACGAUGUGACCAGAUGGUACAGCUAGAUUGCUUAAAACAGCAAAUGUAUGGGAUGUACAGUUGUAACAAAGGAUGCAUCCGUGUGUGUGUUAGAAACUGCUAUUAACCCUCAUGGGAGUUAAGUAUGUACCCUGGGUGGACAGUUAGGCCUAAUAUACAGCAUGAUCUUGGGAAACCACUAACAAACGUAAUCAUAGGCUGGUCUGCACUUAAAAAUUAGAUUGACCUAGCUACAUUGCUCAGGGCUGUGAACAAUUUCCCACCCUGAGUGCCUUUCUGCCUAACCAGCAGUGUAGAUGCAACUAGGUCAACAGACAAGUUCUUCUGUCAACCUGACCGCCUCUCAGGUGGCUUAAUUACAUUGAUGGAAAAACCCCUUCCGUCAACGUAUGUAGUAUAGACAUACCCAUAGUCUUUGCUCUACAGUGUGACCCGUUUCUUUGUUCGCAGUAGAUUGGACCCUAAAGAUUCCAAGUACAAAAUUGUUCCUCCAUCAGUUGCCAUUUGUGCUUGUAAAUGAUAUGCUUUUGGUUUUGUCCAUGUACAGAUCUGAAAAUGCAAAGCAUCCCAGAAGCUGUGGUGUGUAUUCUCAGUACAUGCGCCAUCAUAAUUUGGCUGUUGGUUUUUUUUUGUAGACGUUCAAGCAGACUCCCUCUCCAUUACAUGGAGAAGGUAGGCAGCCAUUUCUCAACCUUCUGCCUCACUGAUUUGUCUACUGAAGUUACUGGAAAUUCUUUUGUUUUUCCUUUUUUGAAUAUAAUUUAAACAUGAAGGUCUGUUCUUAGCAUUAUUUGUAAAACUGUGUAAUCUUUAGCAAGAAAAAAUAUGCUCCAAGUCUCCCUUUUCUCCUGUGUUCUGGUUUCUCUCCUGGGUACUGGAGUCAGGGGGAAUGUGCUUCCUGUUCCAAAAAUCUCCUUUUGGUUCAAUGGCAGAGUUUGCUGAGGAACGCAUAUCAAUUAGACACAAAGCAACUUCCUCCCGUGCUACGUCCGACAAGAACUUCUCGUGUAGAAUGAGACGGCUCAUACCAUUAUACAGGUAAUCUGUGAAGAGCCUUCUGAAGAGAGAGAGAGAGGCUUGUUUUGUUUUGUUUUUGCCUUUGGAAUGACUCCAAAGGCACUGAAUGGCUGGUAGUAUUAGAAGAAUCUAGCCCUAGAUUCCCCCUUGAGGGCUUUCUUCCCUUCAAUAGACUGGGAAUCAGGUUUACAAGUAGGAGGUUUGUGUCGGUAACGUACUUUAAGGCCCUGAUCCAGCAAACGUUUCCUCCCGUGUUUGGCUUUACACACCAGUAGCCCUACUAAAAUCAAUGGGGCUACGCACAUGCAUGAAAUUAAGCGCAUGGGGAUGUAUUUGUGGAACUGAAACCUAAAUCUUCCUUUAGAAAAAAAUAAAACAAAAAAUUCCCCUUUUAUUCCUCCUACUCAGCCCGCUUGUUUGAUUUAUUGGCCCCAAUCCUGCACUACACCUACACAUGUGCUGAAUUUUUUUUACUACCUUUUGUCCCAUUGAUUUCAACUGGGGACAUGGAUCAGGGUCUUUGAUUAUAAGCAGUUUGGGCCGGAGACCUUCACUUAUGGUGCACAUACUGCACCUGGCACAAUGAAGUGCUGAAAUACUUGGCUUCCAGGUGCUGCUGCAAUGUAAAUAUUAACUAAUUUUUGCCAAAAUCCUUAGAUUUUAAAACCAGGACAAUCCCACUCCCUCCUAGGGGUGGUAGGAUCAGGAGUAAAAAUAAAAUCUCCUGAAGAAGAUUUGGAAAGAACUUUUCUUUAAAUAGCUUUUAUUUUCCUCUCGGCCAAAGCUGAACUAAAUUGGUUUAUGAAAAUUCAAACAAGACUUUGAUGGAAAAUUAUCUUCAUGGGCAUUUCAAGGGCUCUGACUUUGUUUAGUGUUUUAAUCCCUAUGCUGUUUAAUGCUAAUUCUGUAACACUAUAUAGAAGCUUUUUUUCCACUUGCACAAAGGAGGAAGGGGCUUGUUUCUUUUGUGGGUUGUUUUUUUCCUUCCCAAGUGAAAAGCGAUUCUGAUCAGAACAGCCACAAAUCCAGCUCCAACUUACUGACAUUUCCAUCUAACUCUACCUGAAGGAUUAGGGGUUUUUUCUGCCAGAAAGAAACCUCUCCACUUUUACAAGCCAGAAUCUGAGCUGUAGAUUAAUUUACCAUUAAUUAAUAGAGCAAAAAGUUUUGAUUGCAACUCAACACUAUUCUGGCCCUAAAACAACACAGAGAAAAACUGAAUUUUCAAUUGAAAGAGCAAAAGGGAUUGAGACAUCAUUUCAGACAUCAGCAAUAAUUGGUAAAAGAGCACUGAAAUGUAUUCUUCAUUGACAUAAGAUUUCCCCCCGGUUUACCAAGAUUCAAUUUAAAAUUUCGGACUUAAUUUCUUCCCUUCUCUGCAAAACAGGUUGGUAUUUUUUUCAUACUUUUAAAAAAAUUGCUUUUUUUUUUUUUUUUUUUUUUUUUAGGGGAUGUACUAUAUUAAGCAUUGUUUCUUUUAUUUUCUGUCAUGGUUCCCCAGAGGUACAUCUUCUAGGUUUUAAUGUAAUACAUUUAUAUUCUCCACUAGUCAUUGUGUGUGUUCUCAAUUAAUGAAUCCACAGUGACUUAGAUUUAAGAUCUAUAUAAAAUUCUAGCAUGAUACUUGCUUCUUUUCUACAGUAAGGAAUACAGCGGAACCCUUUCAUAGUUAAAUUAAUUUUUCUCACUCCAGAACAACUUGGCUGUAAACAAGAUUAUUUUUUCAAUCUAAUUGCAAUGACACAUUGAGAAGCAUUGGAGAAGCGUGGAACUGUCAUUCGACUUGAUUAUAUAUGGUGUUUCACUACUUCAAACAUCAUUAUAAUUGGAUUCAAGUGAUGAAUUAUCCGUCACUCAUUAGAACCUGGGUGGCCUUUGUGUUCAUGAUUGUAUGGCAGCAAGCUCAGUCCAUGGAGAUUUUGUAUCCGUUCUGGCAGAAUGAUACGAAAACCCCCAAAGUGGAUGAUGGAAGCUCCUCUGAGAUUAAGCUGUCCAUCCCGUUCAUCUUCUUUGGAAUCCCAUACAGGAGCAUUUAUGUCAACAACAAUGGCGUGAUUUCUUUCAAUGUGCAAGUCAGCCAGUUCACCCCAGAGCCUUUCCCCCUUGCAGAUGGCCGGGCCUUUAUUGCUCCAUUUUGGGCAGACGUUCACAAUGGAAUCCGAGGAGAAAUCUACUACAGGGAGACCAUGGACCCCGCUCUGCUCAAGAAAGUCUCCAAAGACAUCAGGAAGUACUUCAAAAACUUGCCCUCUUUCUCAGCCAUCUGGCUCUUUGUCGUCACCUGGGAAGAGGUCACCUUCUACGGAGGCAGCAGCACGACCCCUGUGAACACCUUUCAAGCUCUCCUGAUUUCAGAUGGGGUGUCCACGUUUGCAAUGUUUAAUUAUGAAGAAAUCCUGUGGACCACUGGAACAGCAAGUGGGGGAGAUCCUUUAACUGGACUCGGUGGAGUGAUGGCCCAGGCAGGAUUCAACGGUGGAAACAGCACCAAUUAUUUUAGCAUUCCUGGGUCCAGAACCCCAGAGAUAAUCAAUAUUGAAGAUACAACCAAUGUAAAUGUCCCUGGACGCUGGGUCUUCAAAAUAGAUGGGAGAGAAAUUGACCCAGCCAAUGGCUGCAGCCUGAGAGGGCAGUUUCUCCAUCCAGGCGAGAUAUUCUGGGACAACGCCAACUGCUCCACCAAGUGUCGUUGCCUGGACUUUAACAAUGAGAUCUUCUGCCAGGAGAUGGUUUGCGGCCCCUACGAAGCGUGUGAACAGAAGGACAAGUUCUACCAAUGCGUGCCGGUGGAGAGCAGCACCUGCGUGGUGUUUGGAGACCCACACUACCACACCUUCGAUGGCUUCCUCUUUCACUUCCAGGGUUCCUGCGCCUACCUCCUUACCCGGCAGUGCUGGCCAGAAUCUAACCUGCCCUUCUUCAGCGUGGAGGCCAAGAAUGAGAACCGAGGUGGCUCCUCCGUCUCCUGGUUGAAGGAUAUCUCGGUGGAGGUUUAUUCUCACAAGAUCGUUAUCCCCAAAGGGAGCUUUGGGAAAGUUAAGGUGGACGAUUUGGUGACCUCCUUACCCCUCUCCUUGGAACUGGGAGCCAUAAAAAUCUACCAGAGCGGUUUGUCAACCGCGGUGGAGACUGAUUUUGGCGUCUUGGUGACCUACGACGGGCAACACUAUGCCUCCAUCUCUGUCCCGGGCACCUACAUCAACGCCACCUGUGGGCUGUGCGGGAACUACAACAAGGAUCCUCAAGACGAUACCCUUCGCUCGGACGGGAGGCCGGCGUCGUCGGUGCUGGACCUGGGGGAGAGCUGGCGAGUGUACCAUCCGGAGUGGAAAUGCACCCCAGGCUGCUUAGACAACUGCAGCUUCUGCGACACUGCCAUGGAGUCUCUCUACUUCACCCCCGAGUAUUGCGGCUUCAUCAACCAGACCGGCGGCCCCUUGUGGGAAUGUGGCGCCAUUGUGGACCCCACGGCCUUCGUCCACAGCUGCGUGUAUGACCUGUGCAGCAUCCGAGACAACGACACCGGCCUCUGCCAGGCGAUCCAGGCUUACGCCUUGGUGUGCCAAGCCCUGGGCAUUCCAGUGGGAGACUGGCGAACCCAGACAGGAUGUGCUGCAGCUGUCCAGUGUCCAGAGUUCAGUCACUACUCAGUUUGCACCAACAGCUGCCCAGCUACGUGUUCGGAUCUAACAGCUCCGCUGGCCUGCAGCUCCCCUUGCACUGAGGGCUGUGAAUGCAACGAAGGCCAUGUCCUCAGCACGGACCAGUGUGUCCCCAUCCACAAGUGUGGCUGCGAUGUCGACGGCAGGUACUAUGCCAUAGGGGAGUCUUUCUGGGCCACCGCGGGCUGCACGGUGCAGUGCCGGUGCGAGGACGGUGCAGAGAUCAGCUGCUUGAACGCCACCUGCCGGGAAGGAGAGGUGUGCGCGGUAGAGAACGGCUACCGGGGCUGUUACCCCAAGCGAGAGAGCUUGUGCUUGGUGAGCCAGAACCAGGUGCUGCAGUCCUUUGAUGGGGUGUCAUUCAUGUUUCCCCCGGAGCAUUCCUACACCCUGCUCAAAACCUGCUCUGAGAGACCACACUUCCUGGAGGUUGACAUCAGCAAAAAGAAACCCGAAUCCAAACCUAAUUGGCUCCGACCCCUGAGAAUCCACGUAGCUGGCCAGGAGGUCAAAGUUGGAGGUUCCAGCACAUCUGAAAUCAAGGUGAACGGCUAUGAAGUGGAGCUGCCGUUUUUCCUCCCCUCCGGCCAGUUGGAAAUUUAUCGGCGCAAAAACGGCACGGUGAUUGAGUCCAAAGGGCUUGUGAGAAUCCAGUACUCCAACCUGGGCAUGCUGCAGAUACGCCUCUCGACCGCCUACUUCAACUGCACUGCCGGACUGUGCGGCUUCUUCAACGGGAACAUCAGCGACGAGUUCUGCUUCCCCAACGGCAAGUGCACGGACAACCUGGUGGUUUUCCUGCAGAGCUGGACCACCUUCGACGAGAUCUGCAAUGGGGAGUGCGGGGACCUGCUGAAGGCCUGCAACAACGACUCGGAGCUGCUCAAGUACUACCGGAGCCGCUCCAAGUGCGGGAUCAUCAAUGACCCCACCAACAGCUCCUUCCUGGACUGCCACGGCGUGGUCAACGCGUCGGCCUACUACAGAACGUGCCUCUUCCGUUUGUGCCAGAGCGGGGGCAACCAGUCGGAGCUCUGUGACUCGGUGGCUCGUUACGCUAGCGCCUGUAAGAACGCGGAGGUGGAGGUCGGCCAGUGGAGGAGCUUCAACUUUUGCCCUCUUCAGUGCCCUGAAAAUAGCCACUUCGAGGAGUGCAUGACUUGCACCGAGACCUGCGAAACCCUGGUCAUCGGCCCCGUCUGCGUGGACACCUGCAUGGAGGGCUGCCAGUGCAACGAGGGCUUUGCCUUCCAAGGGUCCCAGUGUGUCCCCAGGAGCGAGUGUGGCUGCAGUUUUGAGGGGCAUCAGCUCUCAACCAACCAGACCUUCUGGAUGGACAUCGACUGCCAGUUCUUCUGCUACUGCAACGGGUCUGACAACAGCGUGCACUGUGAGAACAUCUCCUGCAAGGACGACGAGUACUGCCUGGAGGAGAAUGGCCUCUACUACUGCCAGCCCCGCACAGAUGCCUCCUGCAUCGUCUCCGGCUAUGGCCAUUACUUGACCUUUGAUGGGUUCUCGUUUGACUUCCAGAGCAGCUGCCCGCUGGUCCUUUGCACAACGAUUUCCAGGCAGCGGGUGGAGAGGUCGGAUACUUUCCCGGUAUUCACCAUCACAGCCAAGAACGAGGACCGGGACCCGUCCCUGGCCUUGUGGGUGAAGCAAGUUGAGGUGGACGUCUUCAAUUACAACAUUGUCAUCCACCGGGCCUACAAAUACACGGUGCUGAUUAACAAUGAGCGUCUCUACCUGCCCUUGAAGCUGGGCCAAGGGAAGGUGAACAUCUUUGCCUUUGGCUUCCACAUUGUAGUGGAGACCGACUUUGGGCUGAAGGUGGUGUAUGAUUGGAAGACCUUCCUCUCCGUCUCCGUCCCACGAAGCCUCCAGAACCACACCUACGGCCUCUGCGGCCGCUACAACGGCAAUCCUGGCGAUGAACUGGAAACCUCCAGCGGGCUGGUGGCCUCCAACAUCAACGACUUCGGCCAGAGCUGGGUGAAGCGGGACACCUUUUGCCAGGUGGGCUGUGGUGACAGGUGCCCCGCCUGCAGUAAGGUGGAAGGGUUCUGGAAACCCCAGCAGCUGUGCAGCCUAAUCCCCAGCAAGAGCAGCAUCUUCGCCAAGUGCCAUAGCAAAGUCAACCCCGGCUUCUUCUACAAGAACUGCCUGUUUGACACCUGCAUUGACGGGGGAUCUGUCCAAACCGCCUGCAGCUGGCUGCAGAAUUACGCCAGCACCUGCCAAACCCAGGGAAUAGCCAUCACCGGCUGGAGGAACUUCACCUCGUGCUCUGUCAGCUGUCCCCCCAACAGUCACUACGAGAGCUGUGUGACUGUGUGCCAGCCCCGCUGUGCUGCCAUCCGGCUGAAAAGCGACUGUAACCAUUACUGUGUGGAAGGGUGCCAGUGUGACCCUGGUUACGUCCUGAACGGCAAGAGCUGCAUCCUUCCCCACAACUGCGGCUGCUACUUAGAUGGCAAAUAUUAUGAGCCCAAGCAGCUGUUCUGGAACAGCGACUGCACCCGGCGCUGCCGUUGCUUCCGCCGCAACCUCGUCCAGUGCGACCCGCGGCAGUGCAAGUCGGACGAGGAGUGCGCCCUCCGCAACGGCGUCCGCGGAUGCUUCAGCACCAAGAGCUCCUACUGCCUGGCGGCGGGCGGCGGGGUCUUCCGCACCUUCGACGGCGCCUUCCUCCACUUCCCGGCCAACUGUGCCUUUGUCCUCUCCACCAUCUGCCAGAAGCUCCCCGACUUCUCCUUCCAGCUGAUCAUCAGCUUCGACAAGUGGUCGUCGCCCAACCUCACCCUCAUCUCCCCGGUGUAUUUCUACAUCAACGAGGAGCAAAUUCUCAUCAGCGACCGGAACACCAUCAAGGUGAAUGGCACCCAGGUGACCAUCCCCUUCGUCACCGGGCUCUCGACCAAAAUCUACAGCAUGGAGGGCUUCUUGGUGAUCGACACCAGCCCGGAUAUCCAGAUCCUCUACAACGGCUUCAACGUCAUCAAAAUAAGCAUCAGCGAGCGGCUGCAGAACAAAGUUUGUGGCCUGUGCGGCAACUUCAACGGGGACCGGACCGAUGAUUACGUCACCCUGAGGGGGAAGCCGGUCGUCAGCAGUGUGGUUCUGGCCCAGAGCUGGAAAACCAAUGGCAUGCAGAAGAGCUGUAACGAGCUCCAGUACUCCCAGUACGCCGCUGCCUGCGACAACGUGCAGAUCCAGAAGCUGCAGAGCGAUGGCUACUGCCUCAAGCUGACGGACAUGAAAGGCUUCUUCCAGCCCUGCUACGGGUUGCUGGAUCCCCUUCCCUUCUACGAGUCCUGCUUCCUCGACGGCUGCUACAACCUCAAGAAGUUCCAGCUCUGCGGCUCUCUCGCCGCCUACGGGGAGGCCUGCCGCUCCUUUGGGAUCCUCAGCACCGAGUGGAUAGAGAAGGAGAAUUGCUCAGGAGUGGUUGAAGAUCCCUGUGUGGGGGCCGACUGUCCCAACAGAAGCUGUGAGCUUGACAACGGAGGGGAGUUGUGCGGUUGUAUCGAACCUCCACCCUACGGAAACAACACGCAUGACAUCAUCGACGCAGAGGUGACCUGCAAAGCGGCACAGAUGGAAGUGUCCAUCUCCAAGUGCAAGCUCUUCCAGCUGGGCUUUGAGAGAGAAGGCGUGCGCGUGAAUGACCGCCACUGCCCCGGCAUCGAAGGAGAAGACUUCAUCUCCUUCCAGAUCAACAACACCAAGGGGAACUGCGGAAACAUUGUGCAGUCCAAUGGCACUCAUAUCGUGUACAAAAACACUGUGUGGAUUGAAAGUGCAAACAACACUGGAAACAUAAUCACCCGGGACCGAACCAUCAAUGUGGAAUUCUCGUGCGCUUAUGAGCUUGAUAUCAAAAUUUCUCUGGAUUCAGUAGUGAGGCCAAUGCUUAGUGUGAUUAACCUGACAGUCCCAACACAAGAAGGCAGUUUCACAACCAAGAUGGCAUUGUACAAAAACUCAUCCUAUAAGCACCCCUACCGACAGGGUGAAGUGGUUCUAACCACCCGGGACGUGCUUUAUGUUGGCGUCUUCGUUGUCGGGGCAGAUUCCACACACCUAAUUCUAACGCUGAACAAAUGUUAUGCAACCCCUUCUCGGGACAGCAAUGACAAACUCAGAUACUUCAUCAUCGAAGGAGGUUGCCAAAAUAUUAAGGAUAACACCAUUGGGAUUGUGGAGAACGGGGUAUCCCUGACCUGUCGCUUCCACGUCACCGUCUUCAAGUUCAUCGGGGAUUACGACGAGGUUCAUCUCCACUGCGCCGUCUCCCUCUGUGACUCGGAAAAAUACUCCUGCAAAAUAAACUGCCCCCAGAAUUCCAGGAUGGCCACUGAGUAUACCAAAGAGCCCAAGGAGCAGAUCAUCUCGGUAGGGCCCAUCCGGAGAAAGCGGUUAGACUGGUGCGAGGAUAACGGAGGCUGCGAGCAGAUCUGCACGAGCAGGAUCGACGGGCCCCUGUGCAGCUGCGUUACCGGGACAUUGCAAGAAGAUGGCAAGAGCUGCAGAGCCUCCAGCUCUUCCAUUGGACCCCAAGCUUGGCUCAUUCUUCUCAUCGUAACCCAGCUGUCACUAUGGCGUUUUAUCUAUAAAUCAGAGCCGACCUCGUAAUCAAUUGAAGGCUUCUAUUUAAAGUACUGUAAUUUACUUACUCUGAAUCCCUGUAGGAUAAAAGCAUGUGCCCCUGACUCACAACCUGUACCACAGACAACAACAAGUGCUUUUAACUAUCACAAUGCUGAAGGCGGUUGCCUGGUACACCAAUUUAAAUGAGGUUACGAGCUACUUUAAUACAAUGGGCGGUAACAGCAGCCAAAAUUUCAGGUAUGGAGCCACAGCAAAAAACACUUGACCAAGAUCUUCCUCCUUUCUCAAGUCUCCAUACUGUCUUCUUCUCAUAUUCACUUCUGGCACCUCUUUGACACCCUUACAAUGCGCCCCGGCCUCUCUGCUUACAGUAUUCCCUCUUGCUUCCCCUUUCCCUAUCCUGCACAGCCCCACAUUCACUGUAGCCAAUAGCAGUGUUUCCCUUGACUUCAGUGGGCUUCGAAUCAGGCCGUAAGCUCCAGCUAAGUUUCUCUCCUGACUGCUCCCUCUAGCUUUGCUUGUGCUAGAGAAAUUUACCUGUGUAAGAACCAGUUUAGCCCUUAGGGCAUUUUGCACCACACAGAUAUAUUUCAAUGGGGGUGCAAGAACUGGUUGGAGCAGGCCAGGCUUUCAGCAGGCUAAAAAGCAGAUCAGUCUAAACCGGUUUGGUGCCACUGUGGAAACAGACAAGCUAAGAGGGUUCAUCUAGUCCGCAAAGCGUUUUGAUCUCUCCCAGAAUCCACUGCUUCUGGGAGUGGCACUGAGAAUUCUGAGAGGUGAGGAAAUGGUUUAGAAUACCACUAGUGUGGACACGGGAUACCCAAAACCGUUCUUAAACCAAUUCAACAUCGUUAGUAUGGACGCAAUGAACAGUUUGAACUAUAACUGGUUCAGUCCGCUAGUACGGUCACCACUUUCAUUUCGUUCAGUAGCUCCCACGUGUCCCCUGGACAUCAAACAGUCUUCUUACCCUUUAAACUCCUUCUCAGCUCCUCUUGCAAAUCCAUUUCAGACCCAUCUUGCUCCUCGUGUGUUAAUGAUCCCACAUAACUCCAGUGCUGCCUGUUCUUUCUCUUCUCAGUCCUGUCUUUAGAUCAUAAGUUGGUCACAGCAGGAACGUUUUCUGCUCCUAACCAUGUGGAUUUUUUAUUUUUACUUACUAGAAAACACCCUGUCUGUCUAUGACACAGUAUCAGUAAUAAACGUAAUUGAUCAGAGUCAAGCACCCAUAACAACACCUCUCAGCUUGUACCCCUGUCGUUCUCUCAAUUGCAAAACAGCCAUUAAAUUCCAUUGCAGCAACGUGCCAAUUGAGAGGAGUGAAUUGCCUCUGAUGCAAUUUAGUGCUGAGAUGAUUGAAAGGUUUGACACGCUCUGAAAUCUUAAAUUUUUUAGCCCGAGCUACCGUUUCUUUCUUCUAACGGUAUCCACACGCUGUCUGCAAAUAAUGAUUGCUUUGUACCCAAAAAGCAGCUUUUCCCCACUUGAUUUUUUUUCUUGUUUGCGUCUGGGCAAAUCUUCCCCCCCACUACCACUUUUUUUUUUAUUAUAUGAAUCGGCCAAGUAAUUUAAACAUGUUUUAUUCUUAAAUAAAUGUUGUGUUCAAAUAUUCUCA